GCUGGAUUUUCUAAAUUGAUUUUUAAAAUUCUUUAACAUAAGGAAAGUUCAUAAUUGUAAGCCUUUUUUCUUCCCUGUGUUUCUCUCUCAGUAUGGUUUGUAUGUAUUGCUGAUCUUUGACACGAGUUGUCUUUCACUGAUUGCUGAAGAUGGAGAGACUGUCCACGGAAGAUGGAGAUGACAAAUCGUCGGAUUGGUCACGGACAACUGAUUCUGCUCCUCACUCAUCGUCCAUUACAAAUCCAAACUACUGUGGGCCAGAGGACGAAAGUCCACAAGUCAGAGUCCAGCAAAUGCAACUGUUGGAAGAAGGGGGAAUGGUCCUUAUUUACUGUAAUACGGAUUUUCUAUUUUCGUGUAGUGGAUUCCUGAGGCUAUUUCAAGUGCUGCUUUCUCUCUGCUGUUUUAUGGCACUAGUGACCUGCUCGGGAAUUGAUGGGGGUGAUUUUCUGUCCCUACCCCAGAGGUGGCAUGUGCGAGUCCUUGUUUUUGUGAUAGUAUGGUCCUCUCUCAGUAGCCUUGUCUUCUGGGGGAUUAAAGUGACAGGGUCAGACCAAAUGCUUCCAGUUAACUGGUGGCUCUUGGAUUUCUUACUGUAUUCCAUGUUUUCACUCUCCUAUCUUAUCUCCACAUCUAUUGUUGCCAAUUAUAUUGAACAUUUAAAAUUGAUGGGAGGAAACUUGCCAGAAGAUUUGUCCACAAAGUUCAUUAUUUCUGUUGUUUUAGGAUACAUCUGUGUCCUGGUUUAUGGACUGACAGCAUUUGUUGGAUACAGGAGAUGGAGAAUACAGUGCCAUCUAUUUAAGAGGAGACAACUGCUGGAAUCAGAGGAUUUUAUGGAAGUUCUAUAACUGUACAUGUAUAUGCUUAAAAAAGGUUUUAGAAGAUAUUUGGGUGGAUUGACCAAUAUGAUAGGCAUAUGGGUUUCAAACUUUCUGAUUUUGUGCAAAUGCUACAGAUAUAUUUUUCCUUACAAAAUGUAACAGUGUUAAUGGAAAUUAUUUGUUCUAUAUUUUUUUUUCCAAUGUGAUUCAAACAAAUUUAAUGAUGAAAGGCUAUGUAGUGUAAUAAGUUGAAAAAAAUUCAAUCACUGAUAAGAAAUCAGAAGAAUUAACAUUUGGAUAAACUAGUACAUACCCGUGUAUAUUCAGUAGAAAUUUUGCAGUAAAAUGUCAAAGGAAUCUUUCUCUUUGUAAAACUAUUUUCUAGUGAUGAA